UCGGUUUGAACAACGUGCGAUGCAGACGGACCGCGUCGUGUGCUCCUUCCCAACUACGGUGUCGUUCAGAUCAGCAGCAGCAGCAGCCAUACUAGGGCAGCUUUGAAAAUACUGUUUGUGUUUGUUCUCACGUCGUGUGAAUCCGUUCGGAAAACAUAGUAAGCGUGUGAUGCUGAGCGAGCGUGGUGUAUGUUUUUGCUUGACGUUUUGCGAUUAGUGCGAUGUGGAGAAUCGCUCACUUUCGAAUCAAAUAAUCGAUCAAGUGUAUCCGCGUGUAUUUUCCGUGGAAUGUGUUCCUGUUACGCUGGUGGUUAUCGUGUGCGUCUCUAUCCGAUUGGUUUCCGUGCUAAAACACGUGCGUGAAGUAUGAAACAAAAAGUGUGAAACAGUGCUGUAAUGCGCACGUCACUUUUGCAAAACUUGUUUACCUAAAUUUGACGUCUAGAAAAAAAACAAAACAGAAUCGAUUUUGACAGAAGCGUAACAGUGCGUUUGCUAGUAGGAUGAAGGAUUAUCAGUUCCCAGCAUACCGAUAUACCCGAAACAGUGUGAAUGAAAGAAUUUCCGGCUCAAACUGAUUCUGCACCCGUGGCCACUAGUGUCAUGAUGGCUUUCGUCCGAGUAUCUUAAAGUUCCAAAGAUCCAAGGGUGUAUGGUUUCCUUCGAGGAUAUCUGUCGACGGAACUGUGAAGAGAACGGCUGCUUGUUUGUGAUCAUACACAACCUCACUGUGUACAAUGUCUUGUAAUUGAAACGUUUAAAAGUGGUUUCAUGUGUAGUUAGUUGCAAAAUAGGCAAUAUAGAAUAAAUAAUUUAAAAAAAACACACAUGAAAAGUACCCAAAGAAGCGUUGCUUAGAAUAAACUAAAAAAUUUGAAGCAUAUUAAAAAGUUAUGUGAGAAUAGUGACCAGAUUGUGUAAAACAUAAGCAGUAAAAAAAUAGUACAUCAAACUAGUGACGGAGUGACCGACUGCAUUUUGUGCAUUGUGUCGUGACGCGCGCGUGUGUGGUUUAGUGGUGUCUAAAAGACCCGCUCAGGUGAAGGGCGAUAGGUUUGAUCUUCGACAUCAGUUCGGAAAAGUGACAUAGACAGCCCAGGCUUCAGGUGGAACCAGGGCUGACACUAGGGCUAAUUAGUAGUGGAAUUGUGCAAUCAUCUACAAUCGAGUUGUGCAGUUUUUAAGUGCAAGUGUGUCCGCUUAAGCCUGUACAGCGAGAAUGUUGCAUUCGAAGAGAAGCCGUCGGCCUUAGCCAACUCAAGAUCAGCACGACUCUGUGUUUGUGUGUGUGUGAGUGUGUGAGUAUGUGUACGUGUGUUUGGCCAGCAGUUAAGCUUCUGCUCUUUCGGUGAACUUCUAGAAGACCCUUUCAAAAGGUCCCUUCCAGGAAAAGGUCCCAAGUCGGUGGUGUAAGUGGAUGUGUUGCGGUAUCUGUGCAUUGGUGCUUGUGAUCUGUGCUUUCAAUCUAUUCUACCAGUGCUUGUGCUUGUGACCAUCUGUGGUGCGAAGCGGCUGUGUUUAGUGCAGUUGGCCGGUUCGAGCGCAAUGGCAGUAUCCUGCCCGGAAGUUAUGUACGGUGCAUACUAUCCUUAUUUGUACGGCCGUGCCGGACCGAGUCGACCAUUUUAUCAGUAUGAAAGGUUCAACCAAGAUCUUUACUCGUCGUCCGGUGUGCCGUUGGCCGCAUCAUCCAGCACCUCGGCCGGUUCACACUCACCCUGCAGUCCGUUGCUACCUCCGUCGCUACCUUCCAACGUAGCGGCCGCGGCAGCCGCUGCCCAGUCCAGCUCGGCCCUUACCUCCUCGGCGACGGUUACGUCCGUCAACCAGACCGCCAUACCGACCAUCCCGCUAGGUGCACUGCAGAGGCACAUUACCAAAGAGGAAGACAUCAGUACGGCCCGAAGUGACACGGAAGGAACCAUUUCCGGUGCACACAACGAUAGUUCGUGCUCUUCCGGGCCUGACUCACCGCACAAUCUCAACCAGCAGCAGACGGAUGCGAGCGGGUUGGCAGCGGCCGCAGCUGCAGCGGCAGCAGCCGUGGCCGGCGGUGGCAGCGGAGAGUCGUCCGGCGGUGGAUUAAUGGCCGGCGGUAGCGGCAAUGGCCGGGCACAGUACGUGUCGGCGACGUGUGUCGUGUUCACGCACUACUCGGGCGAUGCUGCCAGCGUUGUGGACGAACACUUUUCUAGGGCGUUAAAUUUUAGCGAUAAGAAUAAUAAAGGAUACAGUUCGAUGUCGAGUAGAAAUUUCCCUCCCUCAUUCUGGAACAGCAACUACGUUCCACCAACACCUGCCCCAACGCAUCAUCAGGUUUCCGACCUUUAUUCCACCGACGGUGGUUAUUCGGCGGAUCCAUGGCAUGCGGCACACUACGGUUCGUACGCACACGCUGCCCAUGCGCAUGCCGCACACGCCCACGCGUACCACCACAAUAUGGCCCAAUAUGGCAGCUUACUGAGGUUACCCCAGCAGUACGGACACACGUCCAGGUUACACCACGACCAACAGACGGCACACGCGUUAGAAAGUGCAGCGGCGUACACGAGUUAUCCAACGAUGGCAGGAUUAGAAGCACAAGUACAGGAAUCGUCGAAGGACUUGUACUGGUUCUAGAUAGUCAAAUGGUGCAACGUUAUUUGCAUCAGCAAAAAGAAAAAAACCAGCAUGACGAAACGAGCACGUUCGUUAGUUACAAAAAUCUCUUCACUAGAAAGGGUCGGCAACAAACAAAAAAAUAAAGCAAAAAAGUAUAUACAAAGAUGCAACCUUAUACAUUUGUAAGAGCAAGAUUAGCGUUUUUUCGGUACAAAGCAAAGCUAACAAGCGCGUUGAGAUAAACAACGGAACGAAAGCAUUGAAAUGACAUGAACACUUGGCAGGAACGGUGGGGAAGCAAAUCUUAUCGACUGAAGAAGGACAAAGCGGUACUGGCGGCAGCCACGUUUUGUGCUUAUUUUGUACACUUCACACCUUCACCCAUAUGCGAAUCGUCUUGCCACCUCCUUAAUCCGGCCCCCUUUCCCCCCUGUGUAUAGUAGAAAUAAUAUUAAACUAGAAUUCCGGAGUCUACGAUCGUUUGCAAGGGAGGAUGUGCAAGUUUUUGUUUUUUUUCCACCGCUGGCAAAUAAGACCAGCCUGAAGAUGGGUGUUGGAAGAAUAAAAAAACAACACACAAAAAACAGUCUUUUACGCUGUGUAUAACAAACAGACAUGUUAGUAGCGUAAGGAUAAUAGAAGAAAAAGAAAGAGAUGGAAAAUGGAACUGUAUAAUCAAAAUCGAAUGAGCUCUCGAUCACACAUGACAGUUAAAAAAGGCAAACACAGAUAGUAAAACGGAACGUUAGCUGUAGGAAAGUGGCCAACAUCCCCGUUAAAAAAAACACAUAUGUGCAUAUUUUUAAAAGUGUGUGCGUGAUCCUUAUCAGGACGCUUCGAAAAAAACAGAACAGAGAGAAGGUAUAAAAUGUCUUAAUUUUUCUUGUUUUUAUUGAAACACUGAAAUUUGAACAAAACAAUUUUGAUUGAACCUUUUUUUACUGUUCCAUAAAGUUUUCCAUUAUGCAGACUGUUUGUGUAAGAUUUGUUUUUGUUUGGCGUUUAAAUCUUCGUUCGUAUUCGUUCUUUUGAUGUUCGGUUUAAAGUAAAACGCACCCGCAACGGUGCAGCAUAUUAUAAACUCAGCGAUGUAAAAUAAAAAUACGAAAACAAUUGAAGGUGCAGAAUGCGUGCUAAAGACAUAAAAGCAAGUUUGUUAAUUUUAUGCUAUUUUUCUACCACAAUGUAAUCAAUAAAGUGGAGCAUUCGUAAUACAGCGAAAGAGAGAGAAGGAGAGAGAGAGAAAGAGCAAAGGGAAAAGAAAACAAAUGUUCAUACGUUAACUUUGUGGAUUGUACUUUUGAAUUUGAAUAAUGAAACGCCUCAAAUCGUCAUCAUACACUUGGGAGGGAAAUGAAAGUUUGUCUAAAAUUGUCUCACUUUCAUAUAAACAAAAACACACACAGCAUAACAUAAUACACAAAUGCACACAAACACCCAUCUUACCUAACCCUCAAUCGGAUUUAUUAGCCACAAGAUCAGGAUGAAGGUGCGAUCGGUCGUUUAGUUAUUUUAAUUGUAUAAAACAGAAAAAAACAACUAAUUAAAUCAAAAUCACCAACCAAUCCUUCUAUACAAUAGUAAGACCAGCAAUAGAAUAUAGAAGCCUCUUUGUGGAGAUAAAAAGGAAUCAGUGAAAGUCACGAUUGAAGGUGGAAACAUUUAAAGGGACAAAAAAAAUGAAAUGGAAUGAAGAAAAAAAGAACACGUGUAAACUGAUGAUAUUAGCAUGGCGCAAGAAGCACUCUCGAACUUAAACUGUCACACAACACAAAACUAUACAUAUAUUAUAUAUACACACACAAAAAAUUAUCACUCAUCCAAAAUGUGCAAGUAUAUCGAGAACGAGAAAUAAAUGAACAAAACAAAAAAAAAACAAUGUUCGGAAAUGAAAA